GGAAUACAGAAGAACAUAUGCCGGAAAUAUUAACCGUUUUUAAAUAUCUGUUCACCAAUAAACUCAUGCAGGAGCGAGGUUUUGUAUUUAUUUACUCGUUUAUUAAAUAAGUAAACAGUUGUUCAGGAUGAACAUAUCCUCUGAUGAAGCCGACGACUGGUUUAUGGAGUCUCUAAACACAUACAAAGAUCUGCAUGUAUUUCAACUCGAGCAUCCGACGAAAGUCAUAGAGUGGACGGGUGACAAAAGUAUUUGUGUUGCAGGAUAUAAUGGUGCGAGAAGCGAGAUCUUAGAGUUACUUCUGCCUCUUAAACUAUAUGCAGGAGAAAACCAGGGUCUUUGUGCAGAAAGAGACUUCAAAGUACAGCACGGUGGCUUUUCAGAGGAACCCGUGGAGAGUUUGAUACAUAUCCCUGGAACAAGAUGUGCGGUGACUGCUGGAGGUUCUAGUUCAGCGUUACAGAUUUGGGAUAUCGGAGGCGAUGAUAGUGAUGUUAUAAAAAAGACUGGAGUCUUAAACCUCAAGAGCCCAUCAGCAGAGGGCAUUAAAAUAGCCGCAGGAUCGAGAGCCGAGCCAGCAGUCCUUCACGGUUCUUGCAUAAGCGAAGUUCAGCUGUCAGAGAUAGCAUCAGGACGGGUGCUGUACACAGUAGCGAAAGGUUCCUCAGAGCCAGUGAGUGGUUUGCAGUUUGCGAACGCUUACGUGUUUCUCGUAUGUGCGAGCGACGGCACUUUGCUCGUGAGUGACACAAGAGAUCCCUCGGCUUGUCAUUAUCCUCUGCGAGACAGUAAGAGCGGUUUGCACUGGUCCUUUGGGUUGAGGAGUGACAGCUCUCAGGCUGAACCUUCCCGUUGCGCCGUAGCCAGGCUUUCGUCCUCCGGUCACGUGCUGCUGUCUGAUCUGAGAGAUUUGCAGAGGCCGUUUUGUCAAACCCAACUGAAUGUCCAACGGAGCACAGCAAAGAAUGACUUGUUGAAUGUUUCUUGGGCUCCUGUUCUCGACGGAUGGCUGUCUGUGUCGGGGUUUGAUGGAAAAGUGCGCAUCUACAACACAACGGGUUGGGGUGCAGAAGGACAGAGCCCUCAGCCGGUUUUUACGCACAGAGGCCAUGAAAUGUCACAUGAAGCGGAACACGGCGCUGCGCUUCCUGUGGUUACCGCCCAUUCUUGGCAUCGGUCACGACCAAGAACUCUUCUCUCAGCAGCUACGGAUGGUUCUCUUCAUGUAUGGGACUGGUUGGAUAAAGUCACAGACAGAUGAUUUUAAUGAUAGGUAAUUCAUAGUCAAAGCUACUGUGUAAUGAAGGAAAUCCUUUAUUAAUUUGUAACUGAUUUGCAUUAUAAUUUGCAAAGUACAGCGUUUGUGAACUCGCUGAGGAAUAUUAAACGAUUGAAAAAUAA